AUGCUUGGUAGGCUCGGCUACGGGACCUGGCAGUUCGGCUCCGGCGGCGCCGACGACUAUUGGGGCCUCGAGUUCACGGACGACAUGGCCGUGGCCCUGCUCAAGCAGGCCACGGCCGCGGGCGUCACCUACGUCGACACGGCCGCGGACUACGCGCAGGGCGGCUCCGAAAAGCAGCUCGGCCGGGCCCUCAAGGCGCUCGCGCCCGACGCGCGCGCCAAGGUCGUCAUCGGCUCGAAGAUCCUGCCGAACAACUGCGGCGAUGUGCGCAAGUACACGGAGGAGACGCUCGCGCGGCUCGACGUGCCCUGCGUCGACUUGUACAUGGUCCACUGGCCCAUAAACGCCAGCUCGAUGGCCCACUUCGCCGGCGACCGCACGGCCGCCGGAGGCCGGGACUACGCCACGACGGGAGCCCUCCAGAAGGAGGGCAAGAUCAAGCACAUCGGCGUGAGCAACUUCGGCGUCCGGCAGCUCGCGGACGCCUUGGAGACGGGCGUCACCAUCGCCGUGAACCAGCUGGCGUACAACCUGCUGACGCGGGCCAUCGAGUUCGAGAUCCUGCCGUUCUGCCGGCAGCGCGGCAUCGGCGUGCUGGCUUACUCGCCGCUGUUGCAGGGCGUGUUGACGGGCGCGUUC